CGGCAACUCUCUAGUGUCGGGUCCCGACGGAGUGAAGAGGAAGGUGAGCUAUUUCUACGACCCAGAAGUGGGAAAUUACUAUUAUGGGCAGGGACACCCGAUGAAGCCCCACCGGAUUCGGAUGACCAACGCCCUCCUCGCGCACUAUGGCCUCCUCCAGAACAUGCAGGUCCUCAAACCCUACCCGGCCCGAGACCGCGACCUCUACCGCUUUCACGCCGAAACGCAGCAGGACCAGCUGCGGCAGCUCAAGCGGUUCAAUGUCGGCGAGGACUGCCCUGUCUUUGAUGGGUUGUACUCGUUUUGCCAGACCUAUGCUGGUGGGUUGGUCGGCGGCGCUGUGAAGCUCAACCAUGGGAUUUGUGAUAUUUCGAUUAAUUGGGCUGGCGGUUUGCACCAUGCUAAGAAUUGUGAGGCUUCUGGAUUUUGCUAUGUGAAUGACAUUAUUCUUGCAAUUUUGGAACUUCUUAAGUAGCAUGAGCGCGUUUUGUACAGUGUGGAAAAUUUUAAGCCUGGGUCUGUGGUUCUCCAGUGUGGUGCUGAUUCCUUAUCUGGGGACAGGCUUGGCUGCUUCAAUCUUUCCAUCAAAGGCCACGCUGAGUGUGUUAGAUAUAUGAGAUCCUUCAAUGUCCCGCUCUUGCUUCUAGGUGGCGGUGGCUAUACUAUUCGCAAUGUUGCUCGUUGUUGGUGCUACGAGGAGAAUGAGGAAUAGGAUGACCCAGACGAGAGGUGGGAUCCAGAUUCUGACAUGGAGGUUGAUGAUGAACGUAAGUCUUUACCAAGCAGAGUAAAGAAAGAGAUCGUUGAACCUGAGGUUAAAGAUCCGAUCCAGAAAGGGACCUCGGAGAAUGCUAGAAGCUCAGGCUAUGAUCCAGCAGUAGAUGAGAUUACAACAGGCGCAAAGGCUUUGGAUAUGGGAUCUGGAUCGGUGGAUGAACCAACUGUGAAAGUUGAACAAGACACUAUGAAUAAGCCUGCGGACCAGAUAUAAAUGUUAUCACGAUCAAAUUUAUUUAGGGUGACUUGAUCACAAGCAAAGUCAUUCAAACUUAACUGUCCAUCGAUUUGUGAAGUUGGUAAUUUAUUUGAGCAGUAGCAUUUCAUGUAUCUUAGGAUUUCUUGUAUUUGUAAGAAUUCAACGCUUGUCUAUACUAUCAUGGAUAAGUACCCAAAUUUGGCCUCUUGUACAUGUUUUUUUUUCUUUCACUGUUUUUGAACUAUUAAAAGUUAAAUAGGAAGGCAUGGAACUGUCAUUA